AACAGCUCUUGGCAACCUGAGCUGUCCCCCUUUCGCAGCACCUGUUGCAUUGGAGCAGCUGACGGACGCAACGCCGGCUUAAAAAUGGUUGACAGCAGCAGCGAUGAUGUCUUCAGUUUGCUGAAGAAAAUUUGCAGUCUGCAGGAGGAGCGGGCAUACACAUACAGACUUUUCGAAGAGGGACACAAGAUAUACCUGUCAACCGCACCAAACUACGACUUUCCUACUUUCCGAGAGCUGGUGCGCGAGGUGACUCAAGAGUUCAAACGCAUCUCGGAGGGCAUGAUGGAUAUUGAGCGGCGACUGCGGCUCAAUGACAAUUCGGGACACCUAGCAGAAUAUGUACGUGCCUUACAGGAAGAGGAGAAAGUCAAGCUUGAGCUGACAGCCAAGCUGCAGCUGGCCAAGCAAGACCUGCUGGACAAUCCUGAUGAGUACAAGAACCAGGCUGAUGUGGCAUCAAUGAAGGCAAGGUUAAACGAGGUUGUUGAACGGAUAAAUGACAACCUCAUGGAACUCAAGUACGAAAUGAAUGGCAUGUAAGGAAAACAAAUAGACCAAGAGACUGCCAAUCAGGACCCUGCCGACAUAUUGUCUCUUAAGCUGCAUUCCUCAACAAGGAACACUUCCCCAUGUUAUAACCCUGACCAGUUUGUUUCACAGUUCAUAUUAAUUUUUUUUUUCUGCUUUCUGUGCUCAGCUUUUCAAAGAAUCUCAAAUUUACUGCCUGUUUCAUCAUCGUCACUCCAAUCUUUUGCUAAUUAGGGGUGCAAGCCAUCUUUUCAAUUUUCACACAUCUGUUCAACAAUAGUUUCGAGUUGCAAAUGGAUCCAGCUCUCAGGACAAGGAAGGUGACUUGUUUUGUUUGUGGGGUUAAGUUGCUUACAUCCCAUUAUUUUGACUUUUCUACGGUUUCAGAGAUAAUAUCUCAAGGCGUGGAGUUCUUAGGUAACACUUUGCUACACUAGUAACAGUGCUGUCACUUUGAAUGCUACUGCAUUUAUGCUGAAGAAAAUUGUGUUAUGACAAAUGCAGUGCUGCAUACAGUUCAUAAAUACAAAUAAUGCUUGUGACUGAAUGCUAAUAGGGUGGAGUCUGACUAAUCAUUUUACCUAUUAUCACUGCCUUCUGGUGGGGCUGCAUGGUAGCCUACCUUUCGGUAGAUUGACUCGGUGAAUUUUCUUAUUGCACUGGUGUUCUCGGUGUUCCCUGAGAAAUCUGUGUGAGUGACAGCAGAGUUUUAAUAUUCAAGGUCACGCGAUGCCACUUUUCAUAAACAUGCUGUUCAUUCUACAGAUUUGCCUGCUAGCAUUUUCGGAGCCCUUUGCAGUAGUGUCCAUCCCUGCCUGAAAGACUAUCAGUUCAUCGCUGCUUGCGUGGUGAAGCCAUUUUUGACUGUCGAAUACAUGUGCAUUCGUAAAGCUUAUCACUGCAGUCCAAGGUAUACUGCAAUUGUGCACUCACUUGAUUCUGCCAUUAAUAUUUGCACUGGUGUUAAGUUCUCCCUGUCAUAUAUGGUGGAAGAUUGGUCAGCAUGAAAGUGACGAUUUGUGUUCUCAGAAGGGGCCAAUAUGGAGGCAGUUUCUUCAGUCGUUCAGUGACAAAAGUGUUGUUUCGACGAGCAUUUUGUGAUAAAAACACUUUUCACCUUUGGUGUGAACCUAGAAAGUGAGAAUUUUUUGUUCCCUCCUUUUUGCUUGCCUAUCUUCUCUCUGGCACGUUUUCAUUUUCCAUGUGCAAAAGUUUGUUCUGUGUACCUUGUUUUGUAAUGGAUUACAUCACUCGUGAAAGAACCAGAAGCUGAAUUGUUUGCCACAAGAAACUUGGCUUUGCUCUGCGGAUGUGAUACAAAGAAGCUCCAGUGAACAGGUGCUUUUGUUUUUCUUCCAUGUCUCAAGUUUCCUUGAUGUGAGGCUUUGAAGAAACAUCUGCCUCUGGAAGUCAAUAAAAGCUCAAGAUUA